CGACCCCCUGAAAGUCACUGUAUAAUUUGUACACCAAUCACUAUAGGCUUGCCGUAGCGACAGCUCUGCCUCCCUGUCAGUCACUCCAUCGCUCGCAGCUUCCCGUCAGUAUGAAGUUCCAGGAGCGCUCGUGCUGACCACCGUUACCGGAGAACUGUCAAUCAUCGCCUGCCGGUAUGACGUCACGGGAGUUCUGACCGCGCUACCUGUCAGUCACUCCUUCACGGCGAGCGCGAGGAAAAUCUCUGCGCUGAUCUGAGCGUGAAUCCACUACUGUCCACAAUGUUGGAUACCGACGCAGCAUCAGGUGAGGAUAAAAACACUCCGCGCGCGGGAACGCUUCAGUAAUCCGGAGGGAAAUAAGCGAGAAGUAUGGAUAAACGCGACAAGAAAGCAAAAAAGGAUUCAGUGAAGUCUACGAAACGCACAGGGAAGCUGUUCCGGAGAAAAUCGUUCAAAUCAGUGGAAAGUUUGGUGAGUAAGAUCUUGAAAAGUUUGGGGAGCUUUGCUAACGGCGGAGAAACAACCGAGCGCUCGGAUGCUGAGGACGAUGAUGGUGGCUUUGGAGAAAGCGCACCUUGCGCGGGAAACUCGGGUCAUGUGAGAAAAGAGGACAGCAGCCAGGUGAGGAAAAGUUGCUCGCUUCCCUGCCGUUCCUCCGUGAGAGAGCGACUGUUCUCGCUGUACGGGGAUAAAACGCCAGGCGUGCUGGGGCUGAAGAAUCACGGGAACACCUGCUUCAUGAACGCCGUCGUGCAGUGCUUGAGCAACACGGACCUGCUCGCUGAGUAUCUGUGUCUGCAGCGAUAUAAACUGGAUCUGCGUCGCAGGGGAAUGAACGGGGUUAUAAAGACUGAGAACGGUCAGCAGGAGAAAGGAGAGGUUACGGAACGCCUCGCGACUUUGGUCCGAGCGCUUUGGACUUUUCAAUACACUCCUCAACUCUCGGCCGAGUUUAAGAUGACAGUAUCUAAACAUGGCGCACAAUUCCGUGGGAAUUCCCAGCAUGAUGCUCUUGAAUUCCUGCUCUGGCUUCUGGACCGCCUCCAUGAGGACGUCAACUCAUGUUCAACCCUCCCCAGUGGGAAUAACAGAAGCAAAUCAAGUGGCAAGGGUCAAGAAGGAGGUCAUGAAAAGCCUGUCUCUGAUACCCUGACCCCGCCACAGACACAGCCUGGUGUAUGUCACAGCUUUGUACAAGAGCACUUCCAGGCACAAUAUAAGUCAUCUCUGACAUGCCCACAUUGUCUUAAGCAGAGCAACACGUUUGAUCCUUUUCUGUGCAUUUCCCUCCCUAUUCCUCUAAGACAGACGAGACCAGUGUGUGUGACUUUGGUGUUUAGCAGUAAAGGGCAGCGGUAUCUGAGAGUGGGGCUUGCUGUGCCUCUCUUCGGCUCUUUGGCUUGUCUGCGCCGGAUGGUGGCAGAUGAGGGCAAGAUCUCUCCCGAUCAGGUAAUAUUGACAGAGGUCUACACAACUGGUUUCCAGCGCUCGUUCUUUGAUGACGAUGACUUGACCAGCAUAGCAGAGAGUGACAUCAUCUAUGCCUUCCAGGCUCCGCCCCUUUACAUCAGGGGUGGAUCUGCACGAAUCUCAGGGUUGCACCACAGUCUUCCAUCCUCUCCGUACACCUCGUCUGGGCCCGAGGGUUACAGACUGGCUGCUUCGGGAGCGCUGUCCUCCGAGUUCCUGAACCAGGCCGACGGGAUGGGGAAGAUCUUGCUGCUGGUGUGUAAUGCAGCUGGAGCAGGACAGCAGGCAGUGAGAUUCGGUCCUCCGUUUCUGAUGAGAGAGGACAGGUCAGUGUCGUGGGCCCAGCUACAGCAGAGCAUCCUCAGUAAACUCUACUAUCUGAUGAUCAAUGGAUCGCAGGCACAUAAUUUCAGGGUGUUGUUCAAGAUUCGUGUUGUUGGGGGAUCUGCAGCUUAUAGCUACUUAAAUCCUCAGGACGGACGGCCGCUUUAUCACCCUGCUGUGGACAGAGCUCUAAAGCUGUGUGGCUCAGGUGGACCGCCGCAUGUGAAGCUCAUUGUUGAAUGGGAGCACAGAAUCAAAGACUGUCUGUUUGGUAACAUCCAAGAGGAGGUGGUGAAGGACUCGGAAAGUGUUCGUGCUCAACAACAACACCACGUCCAACAGCACAGCUGCACCCUGGAUGAGUGCUUUGAGCUCUACACCAAAGAAGAACAACUGGCCCCUGACGAUGCAUGGAAGUGUCCUCACUGUAAGCAGCUGCAGCAGGGCACGGUGCAGAUGAGCCUGUGGACUCUGCCAGACAUCCUCAUCCUUCACCUCAAGCGCUUCAGACAGGUGGGAGAGCGCCGUAACAAGCUCUCCACGCUGGUGCACUUCCCCCUCACGGGCCUCGAUAUGGGCCGCCACAUGGUCAAGAGGAGCAGCUGUGCCCGAGCACCGCCCGGCUGGAAACAACAGGCCCAUCAGCAGCCUGAAGCCAGCCGACACACGCUGACCUUCCUGUAUGACCUGUACGCCGUGUGUAACCAUCAUGGAGGCAUGCAUGGAGGCCAUUACACAGCAUACUGCAGGAACUCAGUGGACGGUCAGUGGUAUGCUUACGAUGACAGCAGUGUUGAGCCGGUGCCUGAGGGGGAAGUGUGCACACGUGGUGCUUAUAUCCUCUUCUAUCAGAGACGAGAUGCCAUCCCAUCCUGGUCAGCUAGCUGCUCACUGCAAGGUUGCUCUAGCUCCUCUACAUCAGACCACUGGCUCAUCCGACUGAAUGCAGACAACAGAAUUUCAAAUUCAACCAACAAGCUGUCCAGUUCAUCUUCAGCACCUGAGCCCCAAACACAAAAUCUUCCUACUGUCCAUGAGCCUCAAAAAGAAGACAACGAUGUAGUUGAGCCAACGCCAUUUGUACGGAGCGUCCGGGGCCACAGUAUGAGUAUGCGCUACCACUCCAAAUCCAAGACGGGCCCAAGCAAAGUUAUUCCCCUGCGCUGGUCAUUUGCAUCCAAGGAGCGCAGAAAGCCAUCCAGCAUCGCGCCACAACCUGGAAGCGACGAGCUGGUGGAGUAUCUCGAGUCUGGCCGGCGGCCUCGAUGCACCAAGGAGCCCAUAGUAAGUAUCGUGGCUAGUCCUUCACAGGUCAAAGCUCAGACUCGCGAGGAUGAUUCUCUGAGUUCCCCGAGCUGUAGCAGUACUGUGGAGCGAUGUAGCUAUCAAGGUCCGGAUUCCCCCAGACUGCCCGAAGGCCAGAGCAGACCAGCAGCGGACCUCAACAGCAUCACAUCCGAUAGCUCGUUGGCCAAAAACUGUUCAAAAACCAGGCAGGAGCACGAAAGGACUCAAGCCAGUAAGUCGCUUCAAGGUUCCCCCAGUGCACUUUCCAAUGGUACUAGCAACUGUUCAUCUUACUCCAUAGACUCCUCGUUAAAACGGCGAGCAAACCCGCCAUCUGUGUCUAACAGGAAUCGUCCAAGCCAGACGCAGAUGGCCACAGGGGACAGCAGGAGUAAAGACAGUGCCACCAACAGUACCACCCAAUUGAAGAAUAAGGAGGUGGUUUACGGCAAAACAUUUUCCAGCAAGAGCUUGACCAAACUGUCACUAUCCAAUGGGACUCCAAAUGGAAAGGGCACUGAGGUGAGGAAAACCAGUAAUGCAGGUAACAACAGAGAAAAACCGGUUUGUUCAAGCACAGCUGAUAUGAAACGAGCCCACAGCUCAUCCAAUAUACAGAGCAAGCUAGAUAUGACUCUGAAAAGGACGCUGUCACUCCAAAGAAACGGUCCAUUGGUGCCGGCCCCCCAAAAAGGACCAGCCGUAGAUAAAUCCUCCUAUGCAACACUACAGAAAACCAGAUACAGCAGCACUUCACUUGGCAGACAGAGACCUGUGCCCGAGUCCUGCUUCUGAUGGCUUUCAUCCUCACUGUGGGAACAGUGUUUGUACUGUAAAGUAUAUAUGUUUUAUGCACAUGACAACAUAAAAAAAUUGCAUACUGUUGCUCUUUUCCAAAAACUAGUGAGCAUUGAAAAAAAAUGUUUCCAACACAAAGCCUGGUUGAAAAGGCUUAAAACACCUAGUUUUCACCAAAGGCAGCAGGCAGUCUUUAAAGAGUUCAGUGAACAAAUCCAAGACAACAAGUGAAACGAGAGAAAAUAAUAUUAUAAAUGUGCAUAUAGAAUUAUUUAAUAGUCAAUAUAUAGACUACCGUUCAAAAGUUUCAGGUUGGUAAGAUUUAUUUGAAAGAUAACUCUAAUGUAAUAAUAAUUUCAUCAAAUCGGUAAUCCUUCAGAAUUCAUUUGUUGCUCAUGAAGCAUUUCUUCUUAUCAAUGUUUAUCCAUUUACUGCAUUUUUGCUGAAUAAAAGCAUUGAUUUCUUUCAAUAACAAAAAAUCUUACUCACCGCAAAUAUUCAAACAGUACUGCAUGUUUCUUUAACUAUGUGCACUUUUGACCCUUUGGACUUUUAGAAAAUAACACUUAAUUAUUCCAUUUACAAGGUCUCUUUUUUUUCUGAAUAUAAAAUAAAAAUGUUUCCACCAGACAUUUCAGUAAUUUCCAGCAUAUCUCAGAUUAUGUUUUAUGUGUAGAGACAUUCGGGGAUGGGAUGCACAUUUUGACAUUUGGAAUAAAAAACAGACUCUUGUUUUGCCAAGCCUACAUUUGUAGCUAGCAUUUUAUGUAGCAGAGAUAAACACAACAAACUUUGUGCACGAAAUUACUGCUCUAUCAGAAAUUUGGCACAGAAACAAAAAGUGAUGUUUACCUUGUUUUUGCCCCCUUUAUUUUGUAACGCAUCUCAUUUCACCUCAAGCUCUUCACUGACACUGUUGUACCCUUAGUACCCAAGUACACUCAUUUUUGAUUUAAAAAAGGGACAGAUUAGUGGAAGUGACAUCACAAAUAUGGGACAGUUGUAACUUUUGAAGAAAAACAAUACUGUACAGUAUAUUUACACCCAAUAACUAUCGACUGUAAAUGAUAUUUAAAAAAAAAAAAAAAAAAAAAAACUUGAGUCAGUUAUAUAUAUAUAUUUUUUUUUUAAAGCUGAUGGCUAUUUUGAAAAUCAACCCCUGGGUCACAAAAGUGCUGAAGUUGAAGAAAAAUAAAAAAAUAAAUAUAUAUAGUAUUGAAGAUUAUCUUGUGUCAAAAUUAAAAAUGAUUACAGAUUUACUGUUUGUUGAUCAUGGAGUUUCCUUUUUGUAUGACAGCUUCUGCAUAUAUUGCAUAUAUAUAGUAUUCCUGUAGCUCAAGUGGUAGAGCAUUGCGUUAUCAAGUGCAAGGUUGGGGGUUCAAUUUCCCGGGAACACAUGAUAGAUAAAAAUUGAUGGCCUGAAUGCAUUGUAAGUCGCUUUGGAUAAAAGCGUCUGCUAAAUGCAUUAAUUUAUAUUUUAUCUAUCUAUAUUUUACGACAUUAUAAUUUACCUAGGAUGCUGCCUUAGAAGGUAGCUACCUAUGUAGGGUGUAGGCACUAUGGCUGCUCACUAGGUUUUGGAUCAGAGCUUGUGUUUCCCCUCUCAAAUCUGACUUUCUGUAUCAUAACUUUCUAUGGUUGGUAUAAACAGUAUUUAACUAGCAUAUCUCAAAGCCUGUUGUCAAAUCUCCAUUUCUACAGCAGAUACAGUAUGUAGCAUCACUGGCUAGUUGCUGUAAUGAUACAGUAGGAUCUGCUUGAAUGUCAGAACUGAGGUCUGCUUUCUGUGUUUAGUGAACUGUCAUGUAUAUUUAUGCAAGUGCCUUUUUGUAAUGAUCUCAGGAGAGCGGCGGUCGUUGGAACAGAGUGUUUUUUUUUUUUUUAACUCAUGAAUAUACAUGUGCACACCUCACCACAGAUGAAAUGAAUCCACAGAUGGCACAAGCAUUUAUUCAUCUCACUCCCAGAAUAUCCCAAACGACUCUAAAUGUUUCACAUUAACGUGUACCUCGUUCAUCGCUGGAUUCACUAGUUUGUUUUCUGACAGGAAUGGACUGUGCGAGUACAAUCAGACAAGCCGAAGUUUUAUGAGCGCAUUUAAGCAUCAGCUGCAAAUCGAGCAUAUAAUUGCAAAAUGUAUCGAGAUGCUGAUGUUGAAAAAUAGCAAUAUCUUCGAGAUGGAUCUUCAAGGAUCAAGAUGCUGAUGUCGGAAAGUAGCAAUAUCUUCAACACUUUUUUAAUGACAUUGUAAUGGUAAACUGAGGCAUUAAAAGGAGCAGUAAAUUUUAGCAAAGUCAAACAAGUAAUAAAAAUAGUAAAGAAUAAAGGUUUUGAUAAUAUGAAACACGUCAUAUUCUUAUGUUAGGAAUUUGAGUCUGGAAGUAACUCGCUAAUUAACUUACUGUACCCAUAAUAACAUGCUCAUACCUCGUCAUACCUUGUUGGAAUUUCUUUAAAAAAUGACAAAAUUCGAAAGCUGAGAUUGUUUCAUACCAGCUCUGUCAGUUUGCUCUUUGCUUCACUGCGUGAGAAAAUGAGAGCGCCAUGGUUUGUCAGACAUAGCAACAGUAAUGAGGGGGAGGGGGUUGUUGCGAAGGGUCAAUUCCAGGUCAGAGGACGUGAGCCGUUCUGUACUGUGAACAGCAAUGUACAGCAUGCUAGUUUGCUUAUUAUAAUAUACUAACAAGAAACUUCGCUUCUACUCAGCUAACAAGGAACAUUCUUAAAAACGUUCCAGAAAGCUACUCUCGCAGUUAUAAAGCAGACAUUCUUCCAGCAACAUUAACAGAAUGUUUAUUCAAAGUUAUCUGGUCUUUAAUAAUGUGUUCAAAACAUUAGCUUAGAAAUGUUAUUUAUACAGUGUUUAUGGUGUGUUUUUCUGAAACAUUUUAGCCAUUCGUCUACGAUGGUCCUAUGAUGUUUGCAAACGAAUAAAAUGGAACAUUCUUCUUAAAGGGUCAUUUCACCCAAAUAUUGUAAUUACCCCAUGAUGUACUCGCCCUCAAGCCAUCCUAGGUGUAUAUGACUCUUCUUUCAGACAAAUACAAUCAGAGCUAUAUUUGAAAAAAAUGAUCUCCACACUCUCCUGGCUCGCCCAAGCUUUAUAAUGGCAGUGAUUGGUGGUUGAGAGUUUUAAGCCCAAAAAAGUGCAUCCAUCCAUCAUAAAAAGUGCUCCACGUGGCUCAGGUAGGGUUAAUAAAGGCCUACUGAAGCAAAUCAAUGCAUUUGUAUAAGAAACAGUCAUAUAUGCAUUCACGAGAGACUGGCGUUCCAGCGGCCAUAGUUAUCUAAUGGUGCUCUUGGGAAACGCAUCCCUGAUUGACUUUUUAAACAGCUGGACUUAAGAAUUUGAUCAAAGUGGCAAAUAAAUCCCGUAGACUUGCACUGAAGGCCAUACAGCCCAGAAUAUUAAAAACUUUAAGGUGAGGCUUUUGACAUGCAGCUCAGCAACUCCAUAGAAACCUCUAGAAACCAUCCUGAUGGUGAAUUUUAGCCACACCAUUAUGAUACAGAUGGCCAAGGAUGCAACUUCUUUUACCUUCUUCUUACAUAUUAAACAUCAUUCACGUUUAUGAUGAAGAAUACGAUGCUUUUAUUUUCUGAGGUCAGUUUAAAUAUGAAUAUCACUCAGUCACUGUAACAGAAGUCACUGCCAUGUGACAGCGAGUCUCAUUGGUGAACAAGACAUGUGUAAUAUUACUUAAAUCUAUUACGCCACUCACACGUUCAACAAUUCAUUCAAUUAUAAUCCCAGUGCACUCUCCUGAUCUCUGGAGUGAUGUGCUCUCAUAUCACUGUUCAAUCUGAAUAUGAUAAUGCUUUAUGUGAACCGUUCACCUGAAAUCAGACUCCCUGUGUUAGUCCUCUAAUGCACACUAAACCUGAAGAGCCGUUCUUGUGUAAUAUUAAAAAAAACAAAACAAAAAAACUAUGUAUUAAGAUUAAUGUUGUUGGAUGUAAUGAUUACUGAGGAUAUUUAUUCUUAUCUGCUCCUGAGAGAUUGAGGGGGUUUUUUUAUGGCAGGUUUUUGUACCGAACAUUUUUAAUUGGAUGUAUUAUGCUUAAUUAAAUAUAUGCUGAGAUGCUCGCUAGGUAGCAAGAGAUCAAGCAAGGCAUACAAAACUUUGUGCUAACACAUUGCAACUGGUUUUAUUCUUAGGCUUUUAAGCACAACUUUUAUAAACACCUUUUUAAUUAGUUGUUUGUUCUGCUUUAAAACAGACGCAUUGGCAUCUCAAUAAAUCUUUUCACUGCCCCUGAGAUUCUCAUUUCUAACAUGUCAUGGCUUUGAUAUGACGCAAUAUAGUCUAAAUGUCAAUACCACUGUAUGCUGUGAAUAUGACAUAGAUUGGUUCUCGUUGUUACAGAGAUGGCAGCUAUAUUGCAGAUGCAAAUAAAGCAUUGUGGCCUAUGUA